UCCAAGGUCCCUUCCAACUUUACUAUUAUUAUUAUUAUUAUUAUUAUUGUUUUGAUUGACUUAGUUGUAUUGAAAUACAUUAAUUUGAAUAUAAUAUAUUAUCUGAGGGAAUAGAGAGGGGGUUUCUAAUGAUUUAAUUUGAACUAUAUAAGUAUGACUUUGCUUUUGGACAAUUGAUUACCCUGCCACCACGUUGAUUCUUAAGGACUUGUCUGUAAAAAGAAAAAACUAAUAAAACUUGUUUUUAAAAAAGAAAAGAAAAUUAAUAUCUAUUUUUAUAAUUUUAAGAAUUUAAAAUAAACAGCAAAAAGCAAGACAAGGUUUUGUAUACAGAACGUUUUAAAAAGAUUAAGGGGUAAGAAAACAUUGGAAUAUUGGAUUUUGAUUAUUAAGACUCUGGAAUUAUUUUAAAAAAUAAAUAUAAAUUUGUGGAAAAGAAAAAAAUAUUUUUGAUAUUGGAGACAAAAGACAAGCAAUUUAUAAUGGCAUUCAGAGAUAUCUUUGAGGAACUGCACCAGAAACUGUAUGGGGACUAUGUUGGAAGAAACACAUUAUGCCAACAGAUGUAAUGAAGUAAUUUGUAAUGAGGAUCAACAAACAUCUGAAUGGAUUAUAGUGAAAUAUUGUUUUGUAAAGAAAAAGGAAAGAAAAUAUUGUUUUGUAAAGAAAAAGGCCUUGGAUUUAUCAUUAAUAAUGCAUUUGGAAUCCUUAGUAUUGCAAGGGGUGAGAAGUUAUUGGAAGAAACACAUUAUGCCAACAGAUGUAAUGAAGUAAUUUGUAAUGAGGAUCAACAAACAUCUGAAUGGAUUAUAGUGAAAUAUUGUUUUGUAAAGAAAAAGGAAAGAAAAUAUUGUUUUGUAAAGAAAAAGGCCUUGGAUUUAUCAUUAAUAAUGCAUUUGGAAUCCUUAGUAUUGCAAGGGGUGAGAAGUUAUUGGAAGAAACACAUUAUGCCAACAGAUGUAAUGAAGUAAUUUGUAAUGAGGAUCAACAAACAUCUGAAUGGAUUAUAGUGAAAUAUUGUUUUGUAAAGAAAAAGGAAAGAAAAUAUUGUUUUGUAAAGAAAAAGGCCUUGGAUUUAUCAUUAAUAAUGCAUUUGGAAUCCUUAGUAUUGCAAGGGGUGAGAAGUUAUUGCUAAAAUGUGUAUACUAAAUCUGUUUUCCUUUUCCUUGGAAUCAAGGAAAAAGCAAGCUUUUAUAAAAGGGCCAGUUUGGUUUAGAGCUUAAGGCACCAGACUAGAAAGUAAAAGAAUGGGGGUUCAAGCCUUACUUUAGCCAUGAAAGCCAGUCUGAUGACAUUCUCUCUUAGCCCUAGGAAAAAGGACAUUUUUGCUUUCUCAGCUGUUAUUGCCUAAUCCACUGUGCUGCCUCCAAGACAAAUUUGCAUUUCAGGCUCUGUCAGUAAUCCCAUCAUCUGCCUGGCACAAAAAACAUUCCAGCAUUGUAGACUCCAUGCAGGCCAGUGAGAAAAACUUUAAGAUUGAUUGGAUCCUCAUUUUACCGACCUCGGAAGGAUGGAAGGCUGAGUCAACCUUGAAUCAAGCUUUUUGGAUUUUUGAAGAGGAAAACAACUGAGGAGAGGAUGGAGCUGACAUGGGCAGGAGUUCUGCUUCUUCUCUGUAUACUUUUCACCCUUUUCUCAUCUUUCCAAAUGUACAAGAAAAAAGGGCAGCUGCCCCCUGGACCUACUCCAUGGCCUAUUCUGGGGAACCUCUUUCAGCAAGAUGUACUACCUCUAAAAAAAUCCUAUAAAAAGCUUACAGAGAAGUAUGGACCUAUAUUUACUAUCUGGAUUGGAUCAAAACCAAUGGUUGCUCUUUGUGGAUAUGAGGUGGUAAAAGAUGCUUUGAUAAAUCAAGCAGAAGAAUUUGGUAGGCGAACUAAUACGGCCUUUCACAGACGAGUGUUCCAAAAUAAAGGAAUAUCUACAAAUGAUGAGAAGAAAUGGAGGGAGCUGCGACGGUUCACACUGUCCACCUUGCGAGAUUUUGGGAUGGGGAAGAAAAGAAUGUCUGAGAGGGUGCAGGAGGAAGCUCUUUGUCUGGUGAAGGAAAUGGCUGCCACAAAAGGGCAGCCUUUUGACCCAAGAAGAAAUUUGGCAAGUGCUGUUUCUAAUGUGAUCUGUGCAGUUGUCUUUGGCAAUCGAUUUGAUUACAAUGAUCAAACCUUCAUAGAGAACCAGCAGAUUGUGGAGUCUCAAGCAAGAUUUCUGACUGGUUUCCUAGGACUGGUGUACAAUACUUUUCCAAAAACAAUGGAAUACUUUUUGGGACGACAUAUCGAGUCUGAGACUGAAAAAGUCUAUGAUUAUAUCCGUGAGAAAGUGGAAUUGCACAAGAAGACAUUGGAUCCCCAGAACCUGCGUGACUAUAUUGAUUGCUUCCUUCACAGAAUGGAGAAGGAGCAGAACUCAUCUGAGGGAAUCUACACUCUUGAAGAUCUUGUGAUUACUGUGCUUGCUCUCUUUACUGCUGGGACAAUAACCACAAGCCAAACUUUGCUACGCAGCCUCCUAGCAAUGGCUAAAUUGCCACACAUUCAAGCUAAGGUUCAACAAGAGAUUGAUGAGGUAGUGGGUACAAAUCGCACUCCAAGCAUGGAAGACCGGUUGAAUAUGCCUUUCACAAAUGCUGUGGUCCAUGAGGUUCAACGUUAUGGGCCUGAGAGCCUUGAAAACUUUCCACGGGCAACAACUUGUGAUGUAAAGUUCCAUGGUUACAACAUUCCCAAGUACAUGGCUAUUGUGCCAGUCCUCUCCUCAGUACACCGUGAUCUUCUCCAUUGGGAGACUCCAGAGAAGUUCAACCCAGAUCAUUUUUUGAAUGAAAAGGGCCAAUUCAGGAAAAGAGAUGCUUUCAUGCCAUUCUCAGCAGGGAAGAGGGCCUGUCCAGGAGAGGCUCUGGCUAAGAUGGAGCUCUUCCUGUUCUUCAGCACUUUGCUCCAGAACUUCACCUUCUCUCUGGAUGGGGACACCAAAGACAUGGAUAUAAUGUCUCUGUUUAUGAUAUCCCAAAAUAAGAAUCAAUCCCUCCUUAUACGAGCUGUUAAUCGUUCAGUGGACACUUGUGUUCAAUAAUUAAGACAAGGAAAGGAGUCAAGAUCAUGAUAAGUGACAACUCUCUUUCUUUCUUUCUUUCUUUCUUUCUUUCUUUCUUUCUUUCUUUCUUUCUUUUUUUCUUUCUUUUCUUUUCUUUCUUUUUUCUUUCUCCAUCCUUCCUUCCUUCCUUCCUUCCUUCCUUCCCCCCUCCUGUCCCUCCAUUUCCCCCUUCCCACUUUUCUUCCUUCAUGGCACAUGUUCUAUCCUACAAAUUGCUCCUUUUAAGGCUAGGAAUUGGAUUGGCUGACCUAUGAUAGUAAAUACUCAAAUAAAGCAUACCGAAUAGUUAUUACUUUUAAAGGCAAUCUUGAAACUGAUGUGGAAUACAAAUACAAUGAUUGUGGAGAACACUUUUUAUGGGAAAUAAAAAUAAUUACUCUUA